AGCGACUUUCGGUGAACAAUAAAAAAACAACGAUCUUGAAAGAAUCAGAAAUAAUUAGAAUUAAUUGGAAGGACAGUAUGUCAGUUCACGGUGACAGCGACGCGGAUGCGACGGAGGAGAUCAACGUGGACGACUCGGACUCCGGAAGUUGUAGUCCGCGUAACUAUACUCACGACAAUCGUCGUUUACCGCAGGAGCACUCGGAGUGCUCGAAUUCCCCUCCUCCGAGUCAGACCAGUUCGAGAACGUUGCAGAAUGAAUCGCCGAGGAGUCAUCCGUUCAGUAUAAGUCGUCUGUUGGGUGACAAUAGGUCUCAGAACCGGAAGAGCCCCUCCUCGGAGGACUUGGACAGUGAUAAAGAAAGAAAAUGGACGUGGGAGGAGAGCAACAAUAAUGUUGGCUCGUCGAUGAAUUUGGACGAUGGCAGAAGAUCGUGGGGUCACGAAAUUGAAGAGAAACUCUCCGAGAAGGAUGAUGACGACACCGGAAGUACCGCCGAAACUCAGACAAAUUCCUCGUCGUCGGUUCACUGUACAAGCACGGCGGAUCUGUUGGCGCCGUUCAGACUUUUCCCAACCGGAUCCGGACUGAUAUACACCGGCGGAGGCGUAAUCAGGGUCCCUGCCCACCGACCACCCGGUGCUAAUGGGACACCAACGGGUGCUCUGCCCGCACAGGCCUUGAUACCACCUUGGAGUUUACAAGCUCUUCAACAUAGCCAACAGCAAGCGGCAGCGGCGGGUCUUCAUAGGGCGAGCUUGUUGGCAAACCUUGCCGCACAUCCGCUCCAGGGACACCCGCACCUGAAGGACAGACUGGCAGUAGCUGGAGCAUUCCCAAGGAGGAUCGGUCAUCCUUACCAAAACAGGACACCACCGAAGAGAAAGAAGCCGAGGACCAGCUUCACGAGGCUGCAGAUCGCUGAGCUGGAGAAACGUUUCCACAAACAGAAAUACUUAGCGUCGGCUGAAAGAGCAGCCUUGGCGAAGUCGUUGAAGAUGACGGAUGCCCAAGUGAAAACCUGGUUUCAGAACAGACGAACGAAAUGGAGGAGACAAACCGCCGAAGAAAGGGAGGCUGAAAGACAAGCAGCGAAUCGGUUGAUGCUGUCCCUGCAAGCCGAAGCCCUUGGAAAAGUAGCUUAUCAUCCAGCAACGGUAGCUAACCAUCCACCAGGAAGCACAGUGGCCAGUUUGGAUAGACAGCAACCACCUACAGCUCUUACGCAUCCCGUAGGUCAAUGGACGUCGCCUUACGGUCCGCCUCAACCUUUAACCGAACCAAUUUGCUGAACCUUGAUACCUUCCACUCUAAUUGAAAGACUUUUAUCGAGCAAAUUGAGGUUGCUCCUUUCUGUACGUCAGUGAUCCUCUGAGGAGAAACUUCGAUGAUUCUAAGGUGAAAUUAUAUUUAAGGUAUCGCGAUAUUUAAUUUCGUAAUUUUAAAAAUUCUUUCGACUGAAAUUCAACGCUCCGUUUCACUUAUCUCCGUCAAGAUUAAUUAAAAGCGUGAACGACAAUUCUGAUUAUCAUCGCAAUUUCAACGACAAUAUAUUCUUAAUAGGAAGUUAUUAGCGUAAUCAAGGUGUGUUCGAAGAAUUUUUCACGAGAGCUAAUUAUUACACAUAAUAGGACAUUAUUGACAGUGCGAAAGGAUCUCGAAGGAGGAUCAAGGGGUCGUCUUAAUUGCGCUAUUUCCAGGCUAAAUAUCAACGUAUCAUGUCAAGACGGGCCAAUUUUAUCGACGUACUUAAUUAACGAACCGAGAGAACU